UGGUGUGGUCCAGGAAGCGCGCCUCUCCUGUGCUCUCCUCCUUUGCUCUCCUCUCCGGCUCCAGUGAAUCAGCUGACGAAUGGUAUCUCCCUCCUCUCGCGGAUGGAUCGCGCCGCUGAAGCCGGGCAGCCUGAGCGCUGACACAGGAGCAGGUUGCCCACCGCCCGCUCUCCUCUCCUCUUCUCUCCUGCUGCUGGAUGUCUCACCGACCGACCCUCAAGUGAAACAUUUCGCUACCCUGCCUCCCAAAAACAAGGUUACUUUGUUUUAUUUUUCCACCCCGGGCAGGAAGCUACCCGCUUCCCCUCACCAUGGCUUCCAACUUCAACGACAUAGUCAAACAGGGAUACGUGAGGAUACGGAGUAAGAAACUGGGGAUCUUCCGGAGGUGUUGGCUGGUGUUCAAGAAGGCCUCCAGUAAAGGACCCCGACGAUUAGAGAAGUACCCAGAUGAGAAGGCAGCCUAUUUCAGGAGCUUCCACAAGAUCACUGAGCUCCAUAACAUCAAGAACAUAACCCGGAUGCCACGGGAGACAAAAAAGCACGCCGUGGCGAUCAUCUUCUGUGACGACACAUCCAAGACAUUUGCCUGUGAAUCAGAGCUGGAUGCAGAGGAAUGGUGUAAGCUGCUGUGCGUGGAGUGCCUGGGCAGCCGUCUCAACGACAUCAGCCUGGGAGAGCCAGACCUGUUAGCGGCGGGGGUGCAGCGGGAGCAGAACGAGCGUUUCAACGUGUACCUAAUGCCCACCCCAAAUCUGGACAUCUACGGGGAGUGCACCAUGCAGAUCACCCACGAAAACAUCUACUUGUGGGACAUUCACAACGCACGCCUCAAACUUGUCAUGUGGCCCCUCAGCUCCCUGCGCAGAUACGGACGAGACUCCACCUGGUUCACUUUUGAGUCCGGAAGGAUGUGUGACACAGGAGAGGGUUUGUUCACGUUCCAGACGCGGGAGGGGGAGAUGAUCUACCAGCGGGUCCACUCGGCCACGCUGGCCAUUGCCCAGCAGCAUGAGAGGAUGAUGGAGGAGAUGGAGAAGAGCUCCCAGAUCCACCCCAGAGAGACGCUAACCAAGUCCAUCUCCCUGCCACGCAGCGCCUACUGGCAGCACAUCACGCGUCAGAACAGCGUGGGAGAUCUCUACAGUUACCAAGGAAGCGGCCUGACAAUGACUUUUAUCCCUCGAGCACAGACAUUCCCCAGCUUUCUGUCUGAUGAGCAGGAGGAGAGCCAGCACCAGGAAGAGGCGCCGUCGCCCUCUAGUGGCUGUGAAUCCAGUUGCAGCCUGAGACCCCUUCAAUGACAGAGAGUUGCUCCACCAAAACUGGACACUUUACCCACCACUGUAGAGAGGAUGUAGAAAUAUGUAUAGUGACAUGUGUAAUAUAUCAUUUCCUGUCGAAACUAUAGUGUCAACUGUAGAGCGAGUGGCGCACGGAAAGGAUCCUGAAGAGGAGCUUCUUCUGUGUGAGUUGUGUGACAGCAGCAGUAGCUUCAAAGAUCACACCAAAAAUCCUGUAAGUGUAGUUUUAAAGUGUUUUAUGUUGUCGUUUUACUGUUGAAGCCAGCAGGACCCCCCUCUUUUUUCUUUCUUUUUUUUUUUUUUUAAAUCAUUGCACUACAAGAAGUUCGAGGUACAAACACACCAAGGCCCACUGUAAAACAAUGCUAAAAAAGCUUUUUGUUCUGAAGUUGAUGAAAUCACACGCGGCUCGUUCCAACAUUGUGCAGCCUCAGCAGCCAUUUCAAGAGAAACGCCACCAUUUUUGACACAUAACCCUCCCACACUUACUGUACUUCGCUCCCUCUCCAGAAUGUGAAAUUGAUCAAUGCCUUACACAGGAGCAGCUUGACUUUGAUGGCAGUGAUGAAUCAGCUAAAGCCCUUAAUCGGUUACAACCAGCAAAGGGAAAAAGUCAUUCAGAAGUGUAAUUCAGUGAUACAGGAGUGGACCGUCAUGUCAGAAAUGAUCGAAUGCAACCUUCUCACAGCCUCUGCUUUAAACUGCCAACCCUACAUUACACUAGCAGGGCUAUUUGAGUUUAAUAGCUCCCCAGCUCCUCUCCAGCCUCACAUACAGUAUCUGGUUCGUUAGCAAAAAGGAGGGAAGCGAGAUGUUGGUGAUCUGAUGGGGCGACUUAUGCAAGAUGUAGAUAGGCCUUUUUCACAGAGGACAUUCUGACUUGUCACAGUGGGAAGUGCAGUGUAAUUAAUGAAAUUAAUGAUGGCCAGCUGCUUUAAUUUCAGGUUCCUGGUGUCCUACAUGUUGGCUCACUCACGCUGGAGCACUUGAACACAACAGAGCCAUGAAUGAAUACAGGUCAAACUGUUUGCUGUCACAAAGGCCUAUUGUGGCAAAACAUCUUGGUAAUUUUUGCCGUGCUGGUAUAUUAUGUUCAUACGAGAUUUAAAUUUACAGAAAUUUUAGCAUUAAUGUUUCACUGAGGAAAUCUAUGCUCAGUGAAAUACACACAAAAAGGCAUUAAAAGAAUAGUUUGGCAUUUUGGGAAAUUGCUUUCUUGCCAAGAUUGAGAUGAGAAAACCAAACCACUCUUAUGUUUGUAUGUUAAAUAUGUAGCAACAGAUAGCAGCUGCUUAGCUUAGCUCAGCUAACGUAGCUUAUUAUAAAGACUGCUAGCCUGGCUCUGUCUAAAACUAACAAAGUCCAUCCACCUGCACCUGUAAAACCACAACUUGUUUUUACACUUAGGUUUUUGUACGGAAUAAACAAAUGAGAUACAUGUUAGUGUGCUUAGGAGGUGCUGGUAGGUGGAUUUCUGGGCUAGCUGUUCACCCCGUUUCAGUUUUUGUGCUAAGCUAACUACAGCCCCUUUCCAACCACACAACACUUGCUAACAUCUGGCUUUUUUGUUUGAUGGUAAAGGUUAUAAUUGGCAGUUACUCUUGGUCAAAUGACUGCAGUAGUCACGGGUAGUUAUCAGCCCCAGCCGAUCAGCCCUGAUCCGAUUAGCUUUUCAAAUUUUGCCCCUUUGCCAGUAAUGCAAUGAUAGGCCGCCACAAAAUACCGUCUUUCCCCAUUCAAGCAGUGGCGAAACAUUGUUCCAAAUUUAGUCUGCACCGACAUUUUAACUGGCCUCCAUGCUGCUUUCUACUGUUUACCCAGUAAACAUUAGCUAUGUUUCCAUCCAAAAGGGAUUCGAAUCAUUGGGAAAUGCGCAUUAAAAGAAAUACGAAUCUUGUGUGUUUACGUUAAAUGUACGGACUUUGGUGAGAACUACGAACUUGUGUGAGUUUUCCGCAGAACCGGAAACAAAACAAGUCUUGCAUUCUUCUUCUUCUUCUACGUUUUCUGGCAGUUGGCAACCAGCUUGUAAAUGCAUUACCGCCUUCCUGACCCGGAGUGUUGAUAUCACCAUGGAGAGAGGUGCGCUACGUCAGACUUGAUUUGAACAUAACUGUUUCCAUCCCCCGUUUUGCGAAUCAACAUUUUUUUUCAAUCAACCAAAACCCAGCUAAAGCGAAUGUAUUUUAGUUUUUGCGAAUCAGGGGAUUUUAAUUUGAAUUUUGGUGUCAUAAUUUUCCGAUGCGAUACUUCUAGAUGUGCAUCUAAACAGGCUGAUGGAAACAUGGCUAUUGGUAUGUAGGGUCCAUGUUGGUAGUUAAUGGGCUUAAAAAUGGGCCCUAUUUUGGAUUGUCUACAAGUUCUUUAUCGGCCCCAUGCCAACUGCCCAUAUGGGUGGGUUUACCUAAGUGGGCCCCAGAUAAGAUGCCCAUUUUAGGCUCAUAUCCACUUGGUACCCAGGUAGCCCUAGCAUAACUCAUGUGGGGCCCACUUGGGUAGACCUUCCCGUGUGGGUAAUGGGCAAGGGGCUAAUAUGGAACCCAUGGACAAUCCCAUAUAUGGCCCAUUAGUCAGGCUAUUUACUUUCUACGUGGGCUCGUACUAACCUGUUUUCUGGUUUGUCUGUUACAUUGAAUGUGACACACUAGCAAAAAACAAACAAAAAACACCCAGAAAAUCAUAGUCAUCUGCUUCAGUGUCAUGUUUACAGCUCUGGUCUACCGGUAAUGGUCAAAGAGUCUAUCGUCCAGUUUUAGCAGCCUUUCCCAUGUUUAAAAAACUUGUGUACACGUGCUAACUUUGGUGGAAAAUGGGUACAAGAUAACAAGCUGUUAGUGGUAACUUUAUAUUUAGCAUACAAACAUGAGAGUGAUGUCAAUCUUCUCAUUUAAGUGUAUUUCCCAGUGUCCAAAGAGACCUAUCUUAUAUUGUUUUCCAUCCACAAGCAACAGAAACUACAAAGAAAUAUCCACAACAAACAAAACCCAUCAAAUAUUUUCAGUGAAUGCUUUCUGUAGCAUGUGCGUGACAUUUGUCACUGAGUUCAUGACCGCUGUGACGAUAAUGCUCUCUGCAUUGUCCUCUUCGAGUAAGAAGUGCCUUCCGACACAGACCACAGAGUGUGAGACCUAACCAAAGCGCUGUCUUUGGGCUUUGAGUUUACCAUUGUGGGCAGAGUUCAGCUCUGUAUCUUCAAAACAUUUUGAGAAGUCUUAAGUUCCUCUUAAAUACUGUCAACCCAGCUGUGAAAUGUCACACCUGAAACAUGAGACCUAACCAGAGCUCUUUUAGAAAGCUGAGAAUGACACUUGUUGUCUAUUGGCAAUGGUUGUGGUCAAAGUGUUUGUGCUUUUUGUUACAUGAUUUUUUUUUAAAAGAAAGGCAUGAAUCCAGAAAGUCCAGCGACAACUCUGAAAUUGAUUCUAGUGACAAUCAGUCUGAGGCAGCAAAGCAGUCCUUUAAAGUCAAACUUAAUUACUUUAUUUUUAUGUGUUUUAAUUGUUGAAAGAGUCCUGUUGAACUGGAGGUACAAGUACAAACACUUAUUUUGUGUUGAAGUUUUGCAGUCAGUCACUUUAUUUUGUAUGUUGUAUUUAAAAGAUCUCAGCCUUCACAUUAAUUUGAGCCUCAAAGUGCCCAUCUACAAAUGUGUCUGCAUCACAGAGCCCAUAGUAACAGAUAGUUGUCGACAUAUCUGGCCACAUUUCUGCCCUAGUUGUCCUGAGUCUUAGCUCAAGUGUGGUUAAUAAAUGUAUGUAUAAUAGUUCCACUACAUCUGGAGCGUUAGAGCAGUACUAACUGAGACGACUGGAGAGAGUUCUAGUUGACUGUGUUUAUCAUUUGCAAGUUUUGUUGUUUAUUGUAGCCAUGCACCUAUUUGUAGGUUUGACGUGUCGUCAUGAUUUCUGUUAUUGUUACUACAGUAUAUGAUUGUGUUUUUGUCAGCCAUGUUUUGUGUUCUGUUACUGUCAGGUUAUAUGUUAAUAGCACUUUGAAUACAUUGAGUGUAGGACUACAGUUUUCACUAAAUGUACAUAUGUAAUGUUUUUGAUGAUAA